ACUUUUCAAGUUUUUUUUUUUUCUUGAAUUAUAAUAUUCAAAGAUUUUUAUAGAUAUUACCGGAAAGAAAUUUUGAAAAUGAAAUUAUGUCGUUAUACAUUUUGGUAGAAAUUGAACCAACAACCGUAAUACAGCGGUUGACGCCGUGAAAGGUGGUCGGAAUCAUGGAUUUUGCGGACUCCGCCACCACCUCUACGACGGCGAUGAGGUCCUCCACCUCCGCCGCCGCCGAUGAUGACAUUCUAUAUCCGGAGGAGCAUAAUGUGACAUCUGUAAGUGAUGAUCAUGAAACGACAUGUUGGGGCUGUGGGCUCCGUGUACUUGUUUCACCACAUGUGCCUGCUUUCAAGUGUUUCUGGUGUGGAGCUAUAAGUAACCAGAACAUAAUUAAAUGUGAGAACCAGAACUUCAGGUGGAGACGAUUGCGAGACCGGUGCUUUGUCAGCAUCCUCAUUGUCUUCAUACUAUUGGUAAUAUGUGGUGGUAUUUGGGCCAUUUAUCCAGUAUUAGUUUCUCUUGGUUACAUCUAUGGAGGUGUUAACAUUUUGAUUGCUAUAAUAUUGUCCAUAUUUACCUUGUCCACAUUUAGCCUUUCUGCAUUUCGAUCUGCUGGUGCUCCACCAAACAUAAUAUGGGGUAGCUAUCCUGCUGUGACAAAAGGAGCACUUGAAAAUUAUAGAUUUUGUGAAUAUUGUGCAAAGCCAAAGUCACCUAGGGCACAUCAUUGCCGUUCUUGUGGGAUGUGCGUAUUGGACAUGGAUCAUCAUUGUCCAUUUAUUGGAAACUGUGUUGGUGCAGCAAACCAUCGGCAUUUUGUCCUUUUCCUCAUUUCAGCAAUCAUUGGCAUGAUUUACGCGUCCAUCAUGUCUGUAUAUGCAGUUUAUCAUAUCUGGCCACCAUUAAACAACUGGCAAAUCCACCUUCUGACUGGGGCUUUUGGUCAAAAGUUGGUUAUGAGAAUGUUAAAAGAUAUUUUUGUUGCAUUUAUGAGUUCUAUGUUGUUUUUACCCGCGAGAGGACUUGUUCUUAUUUACCUGUUUAUUGCUAGUGUCUCUAUCGAGAUAGGUUUAAGCGUGCUUUUAUGGCAGCAACUCUCUUUCAUAUAUGAAGGCAAGACAUACUUGAGUCAUAUAAGUGCAUCAGGGGGUGAAGGUACUGCAGUAAAGGAUUGCCAAAAUUUCGUCCGAUUCUUUGGCUUCCCUUAUACUAGAACAAGAUAUUUGCCAAGCUUCUUCAGUUCUAAGAAGAGACACAAAAAAUGAAGCUUGCAAAAGGUUUAUAUCAGGUAUACGCUGCUUUUUCGUGCAGAAAGGUGGACAUAUAUGAUGUAUACACUAUACAGAUAGAUUCCUUCACACAUUACAAAUUUCAGUAGAAAGACUGGAAGAAUUUGUUUCCCAUUUCUGGCAUGAUGUAUCAGUAGACUGAAAGACAGAAAAUACAAGUGAAAUAGGUUAGACAGUUGAAGCCUACCUAAUACCCCCCUUCCCCUGCUUGAUCAACUCUAUUUAUAGUUCAAUGGAGGAAAAGACCCUCAUAAUCUGGUGAAGCUAUAGAAGAGAGGAAGUGAGAAGGAUUGGAUUGGUGUAGGCAUGUUCAAACUUUUUUUUUGUUGUUGUAAUCUUAUAGCAUAUGAUCUUGCUUGUAUCUUGACCUUGAAUAAGUUUUUUUUUCCUUCAUUUGUUAAAGUGUAUUUCAGAUGAUAAAUCCUCAUCCAAGUUUUUUCCUUUUGGAUUAAUUUAAUUUUGUGACAGUUUGAACUUU